AUUCCGCAGUAUUCUUUAUAGACUCAAAAAUUUUCAAAAAAUAGCUGAUUAAGUAUUCAUAUUAUUCAAAUAUGGCAGACGGGAACCGGGACGGUAAUCGUGAACAGUCAAACGAUAUCAUAAGGCAAUUGUUUUCACGAAUCGGGGAACUGUCUGAUGCGAUAUCAGGACGACCAAAUCAAAUCGACACCGAGUCGGAGGUGAGGCGCACUUUUACAGGCAAUAAUGCGAGCAUCGGACCAUCAUCUACUUCAAGACCUUCCACCUCAAGAUCAAGUGAACCAACAUCGAAUAGAUAUAGACCUUACUCAGUAAGACACCAUUUUCCAGGUCAACGACCUUCGCGCUCGACUCGCAAGGAGGGAAAACAAAAACCAAACGUUAGCGAAAACAAGCCAUUUUUGCGCGAUUUGGUUUUACUAAGUGGCCCUGACGACCAAGUCGUACCCCGGCAAGGAACACGUCUCGCUCUGAAUGAAAGAGGUCACGUUAUUUCAGGGUGCAGAUUUACAAAAAGUCAGUCAAUGAUGGAAGUCGAAAGAGCGAUAAUUGAGGCUUUUGAUGGUAAAAUUCCACCCGGUGUGGAUAUUGAAUUAUUAGUUUCCGUUCAUUCACAUCUGGUGGUUCCAUCACUGGCACCUGGACAGCAUGGUAUAGAUGGUGCCAUGCUACAGCGGCUGUAUAGAAAUAAGCCUGUUUAUAUCCGCCCAAAUCAACAACUCUUUGACUUGGCCUCAUAUGGAAAUGUAGCACAGCAAACCAAUAUGUUGUCAAGUCCUCUGUCAACCUGUGCUCAAGAAGAAGAAUUAGAUGAGUGUUUUCUGGAUUGCCAAACUGAUGAAAGCAAUGUUACCACCCAUCCCCAUUCAUUUAAUUUCAACUCCAACAUACCUGCUUCCCACACCCAGUCCCAACAUGCCAAUUUUGACAUCCAACCUACUACAAUGAAUGCAGGCACCCACCCCCCUUUAACAAAUGUCAAUUCCAAUCACCCUCCAACCGAUGCUGAUACCCAGCCUUUCCUGACAAAUGUUAAUAGCCAGCCUACACUGCCUUGUCUUAACACCCAACCCGAACAGGCCAAUGUCAACACCCAACCUAUACAGACCCAACAGACCCAAGCGAUCCAACCUAAUCAAAUAAAUGUCAACUCUAACAACCCUUCUAUUAAUGUCAACACCCAACCAGCUCCACCCAAUGUUGUUGAUGAAGAAAUUGGUGAACAUGAAGAUCAGACUCAUAGUCCACAGCAGGAAAUUAUUGAUGUUGAAACAGGGCAGGUUUUUUCUGAUAUGGAUGAAGCUGAUUUGCAUUUAAUAUCAAUGUACACUCCAAUGCUUCCCAAAACAGUCACUGUCCACCGAUCCACCAUCCGUAAAGAUUUAACUGAAAUAUUUCCCGACCCAAGCAUUUUGAACAGUUAUCUUGAUGUGGUUGUGAUCGAUGCACGUGGUGAACCAGAGAAAGGAAAAGGGAAGGGUGUUAUAUUGGAUGUUUUGACACAUUUUUGGGACAAUUGUUUUAUGUCUUUAGCUGUGGGAAGGAAGGAGAAAACACCAUUCAUAAGGCACGAUAUGCAGAAACGUGAAUGGCAAGCUAUUGCUCGUAUUCUUGUCUAUGGAUACAAGAAUUAUGGUUAUUUCCCACUUCAACUUUCUUCUCUGUUCAUGGCAUCAUGCUUGUUUGGGGAGGAAUGCAUCACAACGGAAUUUCUACUUGCCACAUUCAAAGAAUAUAUCCCAGCUGAAGACCAGGAUGUUCUGGAUCAGUGUCUUGGUGAUAGCUUUGACAAAGAUGCUGAAGAUGUCAGUGACUUUUUGUCUUCUUUGAAGUGCUUUAGAGUAGCAUCGCAGGAAAAUAUUAAAGAAAUAAUCAACGAAUUGGCGCAUCAGGAGCUGAUACAGAAACCAAGAUAUAUUGUGAACUGUUGGGCUCCUAUAUUACAUAUGUUACAAGAGCAUAAAGCAUUCCAAACCUUUGAGGAUCUCAAAGAGUUGUAUAAAAGCAAGACCCCUACUGCAAAGAAAAUUAUAAAGCUAUUUCGAGCAGAGCCUUCCAAUGAUGCUGAACGAGAGAGUCUUGCCCACCUGAAGCGAUUUGUGAAGUCCCUGGAAGGCCAAGCCUUGGCAAAGUUCUUGCAUUUUUGCACAGGAAGUGAUAUCAUCACCUGCGAUUCAAUCACAGUUACAUUCAGUACCCUCACUGGUGUGGAAAGACGGCCCAUUGCUCGUACAUGUGCCCCCUUAAUUGAGCUACCCUCAACUUAUGAAUCAUAUUUGGCUCUUGCUGAAGAGUUCCUAAACAUUAUGAGGGGGUAUCAGUCAUGGUCAUUUGACAUUGUGUAGAGUACAAACUGGUUUAAGCGAUGUA